AUGUUAGGCGAGCACACACCUGCUGCUGGGCACGAUAAUAUGCGUGACCCAUGCCCGUGGGUCAUCUUGAAUGACUUUGGUGGUGCCUUUUCCAUGGGCUGCAUCGGUGGUGCCAUCUGGCAUGGUAUAAAAGGCGCUCGUAACUCACCGCGCGGUGAACGAAUGCUUGGAUCCAUUUCAGCCAUCAAGUCUCGUGCUCCAGUACUUGGUGGUAACUUUGGUAUUUGGGGUGGUCUGUUUCAAAGCUACGACUGUGCUAUUAUAUCCAUUCGGCAAAAGGAGGACCCGUGGAACGCGAUUCUCGCAGGAUUCUGCACCGGCUCUACUCUCGCUAUUCGUAGCGGACCAAAGACUGCAUUUGGUGCAGGUAUUAUGUGUGGUAUCUUGUUGGGUGUCUUCGAGGGUGUCGGUGCAGGCAUUAAUAGUGCCAUGGCGAAUUACAACAAGCCGGUGGCGCCCGUGAUUCCAGAUGCCCCACUGGGUGCACCAUCAGGUGGUGUUUCAUUGACCCAGUAA